GGGAAAAAAUGGAGGGAAAGAGGAGGAGGUUACGAAUGGAGUCACAAGGAGAGAGUGUGCUUCUUCUCACGAAAAUCAAAGAAUUCACUCGAGUUUUGCUCACAGACCUUACUAAUGGACGCUCACCACUCAUUCUCAUCGAUCGCUUCAGAAGCUACUGCGCCGUUCCCAACGCCAACUGCUUUUGUGCCUCAGAUUUGCCGUACGGAAAGGAAGCUCUCACACUCCGCACGAAAUCCCGCGCGCACAGACUAGUUGUCAUGUUGAGGGUGAUGCUGAUUGUUCAGAAACUUUUGCAAGAGAACAAGCAUAGCUCCAAGAGAGACAUUUAUUACACGUAUCCUUCUUUAUUUUUGGAUCAGUCAGUGGUGGACCAAGCAAUUAAUGAUAUAUGUAUUCUAAUGCAGUGCAGUCGCCAUAACCUUAAUGUGGUUUCCGCAGGGAAUGGGUUAACUAUGGGCUGGAUAAGGUUCUCUGAAGGAGAGAGGAAAUUUGACUGCAUUAGUUCUCCCAACAGUGUCCACCCCGUCCCCGUUCAUGUUGAGGAAGUUAAAGAUAUCAUUAGUGUUGCACAAUACAUAUUAGUUGUGGAGAAAGAAUCAGUUUUCCAAAGACUGGCAAACGACCAAUUCUGCAAUGUAAAUCACUGUAUUGUCAUCACUGUAAGCAAUCUUCUGAAGACACUAGUUUCUUUUGGAACAAUAUUUCUUUGUUUGAAUUCUAUCUUUAUACAGGGAAGAGGCUACCCAGAUAUUCCUACAAGAAGGUGUGAACUUUUUUUUUCAUAUGCUUAUGAUGUUAUGCUAUCAAGCCAUAUGCCAACUGGGCUUUUCGUAAAUCCUAGCAAAUGUGUUUGUUUGUGCGCAAAGUUAGGAACUUACAUGCUUAAUAUAUCUCUGAUUAUAUUCAUUUUGUAUACUAACAGGUUUUUGCGGCUUCUGGUAGAGAAUUUGCGCCUGCCUGUUUAUUGCUUGGUAGAUUGUGAUCCCUAUGGCUUUGACAUUCUAACCACUUACAGAUUUGGUUCGAUGCAAAUGGCUUAUGACACGAAACAUCUUCGCGUCCCAGAGAUACGCUGGCUUGGAGCUUUUCCUUCAGAUUCCGAGAGAUAUUUUGUUCCAAAGCAGUGUAUCCUUCCUUUGACUGCUGAGGACAAAAGAAAAGUUGAAGCCAUGUUACUUAGAUGCUACCUUCAAAGGGAGGUACCACAAUGGAGGUUGGAGCUAAAGCUGAUGCUCCAAAAGGGAGUAAAGUUUGAGAUUGAAGCCUUAUCUGCGCACGCACUUUCAUUCUUGUCCGAUUCUUACAUCCCAUCUAAAAUUGAGCAUAAAUUGAUCAUGUAGCAUGUUGAUCUUUCAUGUGUCAAGUUCUACACUAGCAACUGGAUGAGGGCAUGAUCAGUACAUGCAUUUAUUACAGUUUCUGGAAGAUUAAGGCUCCCUAAACGAUUUAUUGCAGAAAUAUUUAGAAUUGGUUCGAAAUUUUCUUUCGAGAAAGUUUCUAGAACUGUGAACACAGAAUGUUUCUAGAAGUUUAUAUUUUAAUUUUCAAAAUGCCUUCUGGA